CUCUUGUCUUUUCCAGCCACUUCCACAUCUACAACUGGGACAAGUCAUCUCACAAAAUGUGACAUAAAGCAGAAAGCCUUCUGUGUAAAUGGGGGAGAGUGUUACAUGGUUAAAGACCUUCCGAACCCCCCCAGAUACCUGUGCAGGUGCCCAAAUGAAUUUACUGGUGAUCGCUGCCAAAACUACGUAAUGGCCAGCUUCUACAAGCAUCUUGGGAUUGAAUUUAUGGAAGCUGAGGAACUGUACCAGAAACGGGUGCUGACCAUAACUGGCAUUUGCAUUGCUCUUCUAGUAGUUGGCAUCAUGUGUGUGGUGGCCUACUGCAAAACCAAGAAGCAAAGGAAAAAGUUGCAUGACCGCCUUCGGCAGAGCCUGCGCUCGGAAAGGAACAAUGUGAUGAACAUGGCCAACGGGCCGCACCACCCCAACCCACCACCAGAUAACGUCCAGCUGGUGAAUCAGUAUGUUUCGAAAAAUGUAAUCUCCAGCGAAGAAAAAAGCACGCCCUCUUUUUCAAAAAGCCACUACACCUCAACAACACAUCACUCCGUGACUGUCACCCAGACACCUAGCCACAGCUGGAGUAAUGGCCACACUGAAAGCAUCCUCUCUGAAAGUCAUUCAGUGCUCGUCAGCUCCUCCAUGGAGAACAGCAGGCACGCCAGCCCAGCAGGACCCCGGGGCCGCCUCAAUGGCAUUGGUGGGCCACGGGAAGGGAACAGCUUCCUCCGGCAUGCGAGAGAGACUCCUGACUCCUACCGAGACUCCCCUCACAGUGAAAGGUAUGUCUCAGCUAUGACCACACCAGCUCGCAUGUCACCCGUUGAUUUUCACACUCCAACUUCUCCCAAGUCCCACCCCUCCACGAUGUCACCACCGGCUUCCAGCUUGACUGUCUCCAUCCCUUCAGAAAACAUAGAAGAGGAGCGACCACUCCUCCUGGUGACCCCGCUGCAGAUACGUGAGAAGUAUGACCACCACCUUCAGCAAUUCAACUCCUUUCACCACAAUGUCACCCACGAGAGCAACAGCCUGCCACCGAGUCUGCGAAUAGGUGAGGACGAGGAGGAUGAGACCACGCAGGAGUACGAACCAGCACAGGAGCCUCCAAAGAAACUCACCAACAGCCGGAGGGUCAAAAGAACAAAGCCCAAUGGCCACAUUUCCAGCAGGGUGGAAGUGGACUCCGACACAAGCUCUGAGAGCAGCAGCUCUGAGACCGAAACCGAAGAUGAAAGAAUAGGCGAGGAUACACCGUUCCUGAGCAUACCGAACCCUGGGGCGACCAGUCUGGAGCCGGCCGCUGCCUUCCGGCUGGCUGAAAGCAGGACUAACCCGGCAAAUCGCUUCUCCACACCAGAAGAGUUGCAAGCAAGGUUGUCCAGUGUGAUCGCUAACCAAGACCCUAUUGCUGUAUAAAACAUAAAACACAUAGAUUCACAUGUAAAACUUUAUUUUAUAUAAUGAAGUAUUCCACCUUUAAAUUAAACAAUUUAUUUUAUUUUAGCAAUUCCGCUGAUAGAAAACAGGAG